GCACUACUUGACGGCGACAAUGAAGCAGAACAUCGCUUACUUUGACAAACUCGGCUCUGGUGAAGUGACCACGCGGAUUGCGUCAGAUACUACAUUAAUCCAGGAAGGAAUGUCCGAGAAAGUCUCGUACAUUGUAGCCAACCUGUCCACCUUCUUUGCUGUCUACAUCCUAGCUUUCACGCGGUACUAUGUCUUGACUUUCAUCAUGCUCUCUAUUGCCUUCGUCGUCACGGUCUCGUUGUUUGUCUCCUCCGGGUUGAUGAAGAAGUAUUUCCGAAAGGCGGCAGAGGGAUACGCGGUCGGCGGCACGCUUGCGGAGGAAACCAUCUCGAGCAUUCGUAAUGUCCAAGCGUUUGGUAUCCAAGAUAGACUUGUGGCGCAGUAUGAUAAGUAUCUCGAGGUUUCUGAGCGAUAUGGAAUUAAAGCAGGAUUUGCCUUGGGAAUCAUGACGUCGAUGGUAUGGAUCGGUUGCUACAACAACGAUGCUCUCGCCUUCUGGCAAGGCACGCGUUUCAUCACCGAACACCGCAUGGACGUCGCGCAAGUGAUUUCAAUCAUCUUGCUUGCAAACCAAGGCUCCUUCGCACUCUCGGGAAUCGCUCCCCAUUUCCGAUCUGUCUCCCAGGCUCGUUCAGCUGUAUCAAAGAUCUUUGCGACUAUUGAUCGUGCGUCGAUGGUGGACUCACUCAACGAGUCUGGCCAAAGACUGGAGGACGUCAAGGGUGAGCUGGAGCUGCGGAAUGUGAAGUUCAUCUAUCCCUCGCGCCCGAAUGUCUGUGUCUUGAACGACUUUAGUCUUCGUAUACCCGCCGGCAAAACAGUCGCGUUGGUAGGCGCCUCUGGAUCCGGAAAGUCGACAAUCAUCGGACUGAUUGAACGGUUCUACCUCCCGCUAGCAGGACAGAUUAUGCUCGAUGGCGUGCCGAUCGAGAGCCUGAACGUGCGCUGGCUGCGGCAGCAAGUCUCGCUUGUUUCCCAGGAGCCGACUUUAUUUGCAUGCUCGAUUUACGAAAACAUCGCGCAUGGACUUAUUGGUACGCCAUAUGAGUUUGCAUCCGAGGCCGAGAAGCGCGCGCUUGUGACCUCUGCGUGCGAACAGGCUAACGCGAUGAGCUUUAUCUCCACCUUUCCCGAGGGCUUGGAUACAUCUGUUGGCGAGCGCGGGUUCUUGAUGUCGGGUGGUCAAAAGCAGCGUCUUGCUAUUGCACGGGCGAUUGUCAGUAACCCCAAGAUUCUGCUGCUGGACGAGGCAACCUCGGCGCUUGAUACCAAGAGCGAAGGCAUUGUGCAAGAUGCGCUUGACAAAGCUGCCAAAGGACGCACGACGAUUGUGAUUGCGCACAGACUGAGCACGAUCAAGGAUGCGGAUCUGAUUGUUGUUAUGCGCAAGGGUGUUAUUAUGGAGAUGGGAAACCACAAGGAAUUGCUAGAGAAGAACGGCGAGUAUUUUUCACUUGUGGAGGCGCAGAAGAUCGAGAAGGAGAAGGAGAUCAUCAAGUCUAAGCUUCAGAUUCAGAGCGAGGCUGAGGAGGAUAUCGACGCUGAGGAUAUAGUCUCAGUCGAUGAGAAAGCAAAGGAAGCUUUGUCGCGAGUCAAGACGGCAUCUUCGAUCUCGAGUGCGAUUAUUGCAAAUACUCCUGCCAGAGAGGAGAUUGAUGAUAGCAAGUACACUUUCAAAGAGCUCGUUAUGUUUUUGAUUGAUUUGCAGAAAGGAUACAACGGGCUCAAUAGUAUCGGAAUGGUACUCUCGCUCAUCAACGGUCUCGGCUACGUCGCGCUCGGUUUCUUCUACGGCGGAGCCGUGGACGCGUACACGCAUCUUCCUGAUUACGAGUACGUUACCAGACGAAUCGCAAUCUUUGCAGGACUGCUGUUCAUGGAAUCGAUUGUGGUCUCGGUCGCGACCUCGGGUUCGCAGGCGUUGUUUUCGUUUUCGAGCCAGAAACUCGUGAGACGGAUCAGACGGAUGACGUAUAAGCAGAUCUUGAGACAGGAUAUCAGCUAUUUUGAUAAGGAUGAGAAUACGGCUGGUAGUCUUACUGCUAUGCUUUCUCAGGAUGCGCAAGCUAUUGAAGGUCUGACUGGUCCUACUUUUGGACAGAUCAGUAAUGCGGUGAUGAUUAUGCUUUCCGGCGCCGUGGUCUCGAUCUCGGUUACCUGGAAGCUGGGACUCGUGUUGACUGCCGUGCAGCCUUUGAUUAUCGGCGGUUGCUUUUUCCGAAUCUACAUCCUGGCUUCAUUCCAAGGAAUUAUGAAAAACAGCAACCAAAAGGCGUCAAACUACGCUUGCGAGAACGCGUCUGCAAUCAGGACGGUCAUGUCACUGAGCAGGGAGCUCGACGUUCUGGAGACGUAUCAUCGCACGAUUGAGGAGCAGCAUCGGGUGAGUAUUCCGGCGACGCACAGGAGCUCGUUCAUGUACGGCAUCUCUCAAGGCAUGCAGCUGUUUAUAUUCGCGCUGGCGUACUGGUACGGCUCGACGUUCAUCAGAACUGGAGAGUACACCGUGCUCAAAUUUUACAUCACUUAUUGUGCACUUAUCGCUGGUGCCCAGGCGGCGGGUAUGGCGCUGUCGUAUGCGCCGGAUAUGGGCAAGGCCAAGUUUGCGGCGGCAAACAUCAAAAAGACGCUCAGUCUUGUUCCAGAGAUUGAUACCUGGAGCACAGAAGGCGACACGCCUGAGAACGUGCAGGGCGAGAUUGAGUUUAAAGACGUGCACUUCCGAUACCCUACCCGGCCUACUGUCCCGGUCUUGCGGGGCUUGGAUUUGUCGGUCAAGAAGGGGCAGUAUGUUGCGUUGGUCGGCGGCUCUGGAUGUGGAAAGAGUACGACGAUUGGCUUGAUUGAGAGCUUUUAUCAGCCGCUCUCCGGAAGCAUUACGCUUGACGGUCGCGAUAUUCGUGAGUUCAAUAUCAACCGAUAUCGUGAGCAGAUUGCGCUUGUGCAGCAGGAACCCACGCUCUAUGCAGGAACUAUUCGGGAAAACAUCCUGUUUGGCACCACAGAUACAGUUGUCCCUGAUGAGCGCAUUUACAAGGUAGCCAGACAGGCCAACAUCCACGACUUUAUCAUGAGUCUUCCAGAUGGAUACGACACGCUUUGCGGAAACAAGGGCACGCUUCUUUCCGGAGGGCAGAAGCAGCGCAUUGCGAUUGCGCGGGCGUUGAUUCGCGAGCCAAAGGUGCUGCUUUUGGACGAGGCUACUUCUGCGCUUGAUUCCGAGUCGGAGAAAGUUGUGCAGGCGGCGUUGGACGUGGCUGCCAAGGGUCGGACUACGAUUGCGAUUGCGCACAGACUGAGCACGAUUCAGAACGCGGAUGUGAUUUAUGUGUUUGAUUCUGGUAAAGUUGUCGAGAGCGGAACACAUCAGGAGUUGUUGGGUAAGAAGGGCAAGUAUUAUGAGCUUGUGCAGCUGCAGGCUUUGGAAGAGUCGGGAUAGAUAUAGACGGAUAGAUCACAGAUAGCGUUUAUGUUUGGAGUUGGUACACAGUGAAUAUAUUAGAAUACAUGAAACAAAAUU